AUGGUUUCUCCGUCUCAAGUUGCGGGAUCUUCGGGCUUUGCACCGCUCAAUUCGCCAAUACAAACUGCAUACUUUCCUACCACCAGUAGCCAGGCGGAUCUUUCUCAGUACCGGGCUGCAUUGUCAGCGCAAACCCAGUUGCAAACUACAAACCAGGUACAACCGGCACAACCAGUGCAGCUGCAGCAAACAGUGGGGGGUGGACCCCGACUUGAGUUGUUGCUCCCUAAUUACGAUUCAUACAUUCAGAGAGAAGGUGGCCCAGGAUGCCAGAAAUUUAAUUCUGCUGAAUGUUUUCGAUUCCGUAUUAUGCGGGAGGCCAUUGUUGCCAAUGAUUGGUUCUUUGCUGUGCUGCACCAAUUGUAUACACUUGCUUUGGUCAAUGAGCGGAUGCUGGCCUCCUAUACGAAGGUGACCGCAAAUAUGCCGGGAGUUGCACUUAUGUCUGAGAUACUGCACGAUGGCGUCAAGCCUCGGCAGAAAUACCUCACUUACCUCUCCACAAUGCCAGUUCCGCUGCCGGAUGCAUUGAAGCAAUUGUCGUACUACCAUAAAUAUGUAGGACAUGUUUCGAGGUUCAUGGCUGAUGGAUACAAGGUAGUACCCAUCAUGCGGGAUUAUUAUGUUAAACGUGGGGUUGCCCCAAACGUUGAUGUUAUUGAACAUGGCUGGAAAGUCACUUCUCCUACUAUGUGCAAUGUCAUCGCACGUUAUAUUCAGAGCCACGUCUCAACAGGUCAAAAUGUUCCCUCGCCAUCCCCAAACCCCCAACCACAGCCUCAGGCCUCACAACGUCGGCAGCAGCAGCAGCAACAGCAGCAACAGCAACAGCAGCAACAGCAACAGCAACAGCAAAUGAGACUUCAGCAAAUGCAACAUGCUCGGCAAAACGGCCAAAAUAACCCUAACCUUGUUAUGGCAAGGCAACUGCCUGGUGGGGACUCCUACCAGCUUCUGGCUGAACAGCAAAAUCAACAAAUUGCUCUCAACCACAUGGCCCUUUCACGAGCAGCUGGAAAUCCGCAGGGCCACCGACCUUCUCUCCAUAUAAACUCCGCUACCGACGGAUUCACCCGGGAUCCUGCUAUCGCCCUUCAAAAUGCUCCAGAUGCUGGUCUUCUACAAGCUGGUUCCCCUGUUUCCGCAACGUCCCCUUUCACUGGACCCGGGCGGCAGCCAUUGGCCGGCUCUCCAAUGGGCCAACAUUCUCCUAAUGCGCUCACUGCCCCAGCUCAAGAUGUUGAGCGGAGGUCAUCUGUUGCUUCUCAGGGACGGGCAUCACGAACUGUGGGGACUCGGCAGGGCCAGCCGCAACCACAACACCUACAACAAAUUCAACAUCUACAGCAAAUGCAACAUAUGCAGCAUCUUCAGCAGCAGCAGCAGCAGCAGCAGCAGCAGCGGGGUAUGCUUCAAAUUGCUGCGCAGGUUGCACGAGAUCAACGUCAGCUUCAGAAUGCACAUUCUAAUAUUCCGGCAGGUGAAUGGAAUGGACUAUUCACGGGCCCUCCUCCUAACUCGGCUUCUCUUGGGAUGCCAUCACCCUCUGUAUUCCCUCCGACAUUCCCUCUACCUUCAUCCCAACGUGCUCAUGGGAAUCUUCCUCAGAACGUGCUUCAGUCCCAUUUGGCUACUCCACCCUUUUCACCACCGCCGCCGUCUUCGGUUGCCCCACCUGGAAGGCUGCCGCUUUAUAUUAGCUUGACGCAGUUUGCGCUUAAGGAUAUUAUCCUGGAUUCGCAGAGGAUAUCUCAAACGUUCCAUUGGGUUAUGGGCGCAGAGGCGGAAUCCAGACUUUCCAAGAAGCGAGCCAGCACGAAGCCCGGUGAACCGACAACUCGGCCCAUGGUUCAACCUGGCUCCUUGAUAUAUAGACUGAGGUCAGUCAAAGUUACCGACUCUUCACGAACUCCGAGAACGGGCGGUGAGUGGGUGGUCCAAGAAACCGCUUGGCCUGCUCACAUCUUUAUAGAAGUCAAUAAGCAAGUAAUUGAAGUACGCCGCAAAGUUGCCUGGGGAAAGGAUCUACCGGCCGAUAUAACAAGCUACGUCCAAGCCGGGAAGAACGAACUAAAGGUCGUCUGUCUGUUCCCGGGGAAACAACGAGACCCUUCAACCUUCGUUAUGGCAAUCGAGAUCUACGAAUGCCUAAGUGAGGAUUCGAUUAUAAAGGAUAUCAAGCACAUCCCCCUUUCGAGCGCAAAAUCCUCGAUCCUCGGUCGUCUCUCCGGUGCUUCAGAUACCGACGAUGUGGUACUCGUUGAGAGCGACCGUGUCUCCCUGGGUGUCCGUUGCCCGCUCAGCUUCACUCUCCUCACAACUCCGGUUCGUGGCGUGACGUGUAAACAUCUGGAAUGCUUCGAUCUCCAGAAUUACCUCGAAACCCGGCCCCGUCGCAAAGAUCACGAACCACCCUUUGCUGACUCCUGGCGGUGCCCGUUAUGUCGCGGGGAUGCCCGUCCGACUGAGUUGGUGGUGGAUGACUUUUUAGCGUCUGUAUUGCAAGAGCUCAUGCUCUCUGGUUCCACUGACGUGCAGAACAUUAUGGUCAAGCGGAAUGGAAGCUGGGAACCGGUCAGGAAGGAGGAGGAAAAGAAGGAUGGUGGGAAGGUGAAUGGUACCGUGGAGAUCAUCUGCCUUGACGAUUGAUUCUCCCUCUUUUUCCUCUUUUCCCCCUUUCCCCUUCCCUCCUUCGUUUCCAUAAAUAAAUACAAUACCCUUUGACGUAGGAUCACCAACGGCAUUGUUGUCAGCCUUUCCUUUUCCCCUCUUAUAUCCCUGUCUUUUUUUUUUUUUACUUGCUUACCUCUAGGAGUAGCAUUACCUGGCGUUUAUCUUUUCUUUUCCUUUUCCUCUGCCUCUUCCUUUCUCACGUAUAUGCCUUGACUACUAUCGCAUUCCCCCCUUUUGUCACGGGGUUUGCGUCUUUUUCCUCAGCUUCAUUGUGAUUGCGAUUCCCAAGUCGAGCCCUUUCUUUCCUCAUCCUCAUAUUCAUCUUUACGGUUAGGGGUCAGCAUGGCGCUGGAAUCUUGAUUUUUUCUUUUUCUUUCACCUUGAUAGCGGGAUCCAUCAUUUAAUGGGUUUGGUUGGUGGUGUAUAUUAUUAUGCUGGCAUGUGGUUGUGAUGAGGGGGAGAUAUAAAAAUAAAAUAAUAAUGUGCUCAGAGGUUGGUUCUGUGCUGUUAGAUCUAAA